AUGAACAUGGAGAACGCCAAAGUGCGUGGGAACCAGCGCAAAUUGACAUUUCAACGCCGCAAGAAGCCGACAAACCCAUUGCGCGUUGACCCCGAUGCUGCCCCUACUCGCACCAGUACGUUUUUUGGCACCGUGGGGUCUCCCAUUAAAAUGGGUAACGUCGAAAUGGGUCGUCGGACGCCAAAGUUGCCGCCUCGUCCAUCACCUCAAGACGUGCCCGUGGAUUCUGAAGCUGCAACUUUAGACAUUAACAAGAAGGCGGCCUUUCGUGAAGAGCUCCGUCGACAACAGAAGGCCAAGCAACGGGCUGAAAAGGCCAACGAAGUUGUGGAGGAGCCUCAGGCUACACUGGACAAGGAGUCUGUGGCCACAGUUCGCAAUGACAAUGGACGAAAGCAUCGGGGUCGUCGGAAUUCGACUGAGUUCUUAGGGCAACCGAUGGAACCCGUCCAGCAACUUAAGUUGGAUGGUGCCAAAAAGGCGAAAAUUCCCCAUUUUUUGUCUGCAUGGUUUAAUGCGGGACACGACACAAAAGCAACUACAGAUACGGACAAUAGUGAUGCGGAAUCAGCCACUACGGAUCGAACGAUUAUCAGUGCGGAAAAAAAGGAUAAAGAAGAGACGACGUUGAAAGGUCAAGAGUCGCACCAGCUGGUGGAUGUGGUGAAAAACCCGUCAGUUGAACUGGAUGACGUCAUACAGGACAAGAGCAAGGCGCGGGUUGCCAAUUACAGUCAAAAUAUUAAUUUUAACGAGAUUACACUCGGUCGAAUGAUUGGAGAAGGGGCGUUUGGCAAAGUUCAUGAAGGAAAAUGGCGUGGCAAAAGUGUGGCCGUGAAGUUGCUCAUUUGUCAAGAACUUCGAAGUGACAUUUUGAAUGAAUUUCAAUCGGAAGUCGAGAUUAUGAGUGUAUUACGUCAUCCAAACAUCUGUCGCUUAUUAGGGGCGUGCAUGGAACCGCCACAUCGUGCUUUGGUCGUGGAAUUGUUGCAACGGGGUUCACUAUGGGGAGUUUUACGAAUGAAUCGGAAAUCCAUUGAUCAGGAAAUGCGAUCUCGAUUCAUUUAUGAUACAGCCAAGGGAAUGUCCUAUUUGCAUCAUUUUGAACGUCCAAUUCUUCAUCGGGAUCUAAAGAGUCCGAAUCUGUUGGUGGAUAAGAAUUUUAACAUUAAAUUGUCCGAUUUUGGACUAGCACGAGUCAAGGCUCAUGUACAGACAAUGACUGGAAAUUGUGGCACCGUUCAAUGGAUGGCACCUGAAGUACUUGGGAAUCAGAAGUACACGGAAAAAGCUGAUGUGUUUUCAUUUGGAAUUGUCAUUUGGGAAAUCGUGACGGGAGAAUGUCCUUACGAUGGUAUGAGUCAGAUUCAAGCUGCACUUGGUGUACUGAAUCGGAAUUUACGACCCAAUAUCCCACGUGAUUGUCCACCGUUUUUUUCACGGUUGAUGAAAGCUUGCUGGAAUCGUCAACCGGAAUUACGACCGAGUUUCCCACACAUUGUCAAUGCUUUUCGGACGUAUCAGAGCUCAAUUUCGGAAUCUCGUGCGACUAGCAGCGCUGCAGCAUCGGCAAAGGCCGCUAUGGCCGCAUCGGUUGCUGCUUCAUAA